AUGGACAAUCUCGACGGCAUCCUCCUGGUCCCCCCGGACCGGAGCCAGAUCCUUGGCCGAGCUUCUUGGAAGUCUCGCUAUGUCGUCGUCGGCAAACGGAACCGCAACGCCAGGGAGCGGCAGGGCAGCUCGACCUACGUCCAAGGCGUUACCACAGGGAGGAUGCCGACGUCGAUGCCCAAGCCCCUCCCCCAGAUCCCGAUAACAGACGAGUACUGUAUACUGGUCUAUAAAGCCAAGGACGACUCGGAGCCGAUCCAACAAUGGCCCACCAGCUGCGUCACCGACUGCCAAGUGCAGCUUGUUACCAACCGAAAGCAGAGCCCCGUUCAGCCGACCCUCGUCAUCACCAUCUCCGACAAGGAGCGCCGACGCAGAUCGAGCCGGGCAGCUGGCUUCAUAGCGAACAACAAGGAGACUGGCACCACGACGCUCUGGUUCCGUGUCCCGUCAGACGAUCAUCACCCGAGUCUUCACGAGUGGGCGCGCUUUAUCCAGGCCAAGAAGGACGCUCACGGCUCUGAAAGCCCUGCGUCACCCAUCUUCACCAGCCCCUUUUCAACCAGGUCCCGCGACAACUCGGACCGCGGGCUUCAGCACAAAAGCUCGACAGCAACGUACUCAACAGGCCCUCGUGACUGUCCUCCCACUUUCAGUUCCGAGUCCCCGAGUUUGCGAUCCAAGCGCAGCGACAUUUCUUCCCCGUCAAGCAAUGCCUACGGGCCGCAAAAGAUUCCGUAUGCCAUUCCUGAGCAGCAUUACACCACCGUCCUCCCUACAGACAUUGGCCCGUCAACCCCGUUGGGUGAUUAUCGCGGCGAGUUAAUCGAGGGUUGGACAUCAGCCCAGGGAAGGACUUCGACCAUGAGCUCACCGACACGAACUCGAGACAGCAUGAGCUCGCAAGUUCACCACCCUCAGCUUUGUGAUGCUUCAAUGCCGCCUGCCCCGGGCGAGACUAUUCUCGACCGGGCGUUCCAGCUGGGGCACAUACCGGGCGCCGAGACGUAUAUCCCCGGUCAAGAAAAGCUCAGCUCCAUCGCCAGAUUCGACGCUCUCAUGCGCGAAGCCGAACAGCGUCGAAAGCAAAAAGAGGCAGCUGCCAAGGCCGAGCAGACGGCAAUGCGCAGCACAUUUGAAGAGGACGACAGCGACGACGAGGUGGACCCGCACGAAUCAUCCGACUCGGACUCUGAGAUCGACGGACCUUCCCACGACCUGGACCAUUUCAACCAGGCACCUCUGAUGUCACCUGGGGCGCAGCGAGCACUCGCUUACAUCGCCGGUCGGCAUGACCCGGUCCGCAACUCGACCUCGCACCGCCCAAGCAUGUCGCGGGCCCAUGUCAGCUUUCACGCUGACUCGGUGCGGUCAUCCGCGGCCACCCCAGUUCCGCCCUCACGCCCUCACACCGCGCACGCCAAGUCGCGACCAAAUGCCGGGCGCACCCAGAGCACGCCUCAUCUAACCGCCCCUUCAACGGCGACAGGCAAUGUCCCCCCGACAGCCACCAAAAGCCUGCCGACAGCAACCCCCGACCCGCACCAGGCCACCGGUGGAGACAGCCGUCUUUCCAGCUCCAGCACGAAAAGGUUGAGUUUCACCGAGUUCACAAAACGGCUCUCCAGCACCAGCAGCUUACUGCUCGUCCAGACGAACGCCAGCCUCUAA